AUGACGACAACUCAAGUUUCGUCUUGAUUAAGCUGUCUAGAAAAUUCACACCGCAUCUCCCUCUGCAAUUUUACCGUUUACGGCCAUCCUCUGCAACUCUUUUGUCGAGUUUCUCUGUUCGAAUCAUCACAUCACAAGUUCGAAACAGCAAUUAAAAGGGAUUCGCUGUUCUUGCAUUUACUUGUCUAGUUAGGGUUUGGGAUUGAGACGUAGUGCCACCGGAGUUUCUCUAUUUUCAAUCUCUCUCGUCAAGUUUGUGAAGCUAUGGAGGUUUAUAAAACAUGGGUCAGAAGGAAUAAAGAAUACGUGCACUCAUUGGAGUCUCUUGCCAAUGGAUUGACAUGGCUUCUUCCUGAACGCUUUUCUGCCUCAGAGAUAGGACCAGAAGCAGUAACUGCUAUGUUGGGCAUAAUCACUGCUAUCAAUGAACAUAUAAUCGAUACAACUCCAGUCCAGAGGCAAGCAAGCUUUCAAGAGCCUCAUUCAUUCCCUUUCUCAUUAUGCAUAUCUGCAAUAAAAGACUUGGAGACCUUGGUCGAAGUUGCGGGGCAACAGUAUUAUGGUGAUGAUAAGAAAUGGAACUUCAUUGCGGUUACUGAAGCAAUUAAGGUGUUAGUUCGGUUAGCUUUGUUCAGAAAUAGUGGAUACAAGAUGCUUCUGCAUGGAGGGGAAACACCAAAUGUUGAAAAUAGUCCUAAUGAUUUGAGUGAUCAGCAUGGAGAUGGGGGUUUCCCAAAACCUGGGCAGAAUCAUGGUCCUAAUUUUUUGAGAAAUGGGAAUGGACAAAACCCGUGGAAACCAGAAAGUAGGGCAUUAUCUGGAUUGAGCAGAUUCGGAGAAAAUGCUAGCAUGAUUUCUGAGCCAGUCUCAUUGCGUAGGAUCCAAAAUCGGCACGCAAUUAUGGAACCUCGAAUGGCGGUGGUUCAGAGGCCAACCCUAGCAACAAUAUUGUGCGAGAAAGGUGUUUAUGGGGCACUGUUUGUGAUAGGGGAGAUGCUUUUUAUAACAAGACCUCUUUUUUAUGUUUUAUUUAUCAGAAAAUAUGGGAUUAGGUCAUGGAUCCCUUGGUUUCUUUCCCUGGUUGUGGACUUUAUCGGCAUAGGAUUUAUCACGCGAGUAGCAAGAAGUGUAGGUGGUGGAAAAGAGCAGGAGUUUUGUUUCUCCCCUGCUGAAAAUAACGAGUUGAAAAGAAGGAAACUUUUAUGGGCACUUUACCUGAUGCGAGAUCCAUUCUUUAGCAAGUAUACACGUCAACGACUUGAAAGCACUGAAAAACUGCUGGAGCCAGUUCCUGUAGUCGGAUUUCUGACAUCUAAAAUUGUUGAGCUUGUGAUUGGAGCUCAGACACGAUAUACUUAUAUGAGUGGAUCGUAAAAUAGAAGCCACAAGCCGUGCUGCUGACAUUCUAUGUUCAGAUUUCCAUUUGUUCAAUAAAGGAUGCUAUGAGAAGUUCGAUACGAGAGAUGCUUACAUGCCCUUGUUAUAUAUUCUUCAUUUAAGAGAAUGCUUUACAAGCAAGGUUCAGCAUGUUACAGUAUAGCUUUUUCUUGACAUAUCUGCACAGAAAAUAGAGCUGAUUAUGGUAUCAGGGUCUUACCUGUGUAUUACUGUUUCUC